GCGGCGGCGGAGCCGCUUCUCCUGCCCGCGGUGCGGCGGCCGGAGCGCCCCGCGUAGCCAUGGGCGAUGGGUGGCUGCCGGGCGAGUGCGGCCCCCAGAACCGCUCCGUCGGCGUCGGGGUGACGGCGGCGGCGGGCGGGAGCAGGCAGCCGUCCGCCGCCGCCGCCGCCGCCGCCGCCGAGCUGCUGUCGCAGCGGUGGGCCGUGGGUAUGAGCCUGCUGAUGGUUCUGGUGGUGCUGCUGAUCGUGGCCGGUAACGUGCUGGUGAUCGCGGCCAUCGGGCGCACGCAGCGGCUGCAGACCCUCACCAACCUCUUCAUCACCUCGCUGGCCUGCGCCGACCUGGUGAUGGGGCUGCUGGUGGUGCCCUUCGGGGCCACGCUGGUGGUGCGGGGCACCUGGCUCUGGGGAUCCUUCCUCUGCGAGUGCUGGACCUCCCUGGACGUGCUCUGCGUGACGGCCAGCAUCGAGACCUUGUGCGUCAUCGCCAUCGACCGCUACCUGGCCAUCACCUCGCCUUUCCGCUACCAGAGCCUCAUGACCAAGGGCCGGGCCAAGGGCAUCAUCUGCACCGUCUGGGCCAUCUCCGCCCUGGUCUCCUUCUUGCCCAUCAUGAUGCACUGGUGGCGGGACGAGGACCCCCAGGCGCUGGAGUGCUACCAGGACCCGGGCUGCUGCGACUUCGUCACCAACAGGGCUUACGCCAUCGCCUCGUCCAUCAUUUCCUUCUACAUCCCCCUCCUCAUCAUGAUCUUCGUGUACCUCCGGGUGUACCGGGAGGCCAAGGAGCAGAUCAGGAAGAUCGAUAGGUGCGAGGGCCGAUUCUACGGCAGCCACGAGCAGCCGCAGCCGCCCCCGCCCCCUCACCCUCACCACCAGCCCAUCCUCGGCAACGGCCGAGCCAGCAAGCGGAAGACCUCCCGCAUCAUGGCCAUGAAGGAGCAGAAAGCCCUCAAGACUUUGGGCAUCAUCAUGGGGGUGUUCACCCUCUGCUGGCUCCCGUUCUUCCUGGUGAACAUCGUCAACGUCUUCAACAGGGACCUGGUGCCGGACUGGCUCUUCGUUUUCUUCAACUGGCUGGGCUACGCCAACUCCGCUUUCAACCCCAUCAUCUACUGCCGCAGCCCUGACUUUCGUAAGGCCUUCAAGAGGCUGCUCUGCUGCCCGCGGAAAGCCGACCGGCGGCUGCACGCCGGCGGGGGGGAGCUGGCCCGCCUGCCCGGGGGCUUCGUCAGCACCGUUGGGUCCCCCGAGCGCAGCCUGGGAGGGACCUGGUCCGACUGCAACGGGGGCACGCGGGGCGGCAGCGAGUCCAGCCUGGAGGAGAGAAAUAGCAAAACGUCCGAUUCGGAGUCCAAGGGAACAGUCAGGCUAAUGGAUUUUCAUUGCCUUCUGCUUCUGUUCAUCAAUCUAGGUGUGAAGAUGGUGGCCACCUCCUCCCCUCCGGAGCAUCCCUCCUCUCUUCCAAAGGCUCCUUUUCAGGCUUCCAGACCGGUGGCAGAACCAGCCCUCAGGGCUCUGCUGCAAAGCCUGGUGGCAACUUCACGGCAAUUGAGCUAACCUUGAUAUUCAAGGUGAUCCCAAAAGAAAGCCAAGAGGGCACAGUGGGACAGAUUUCGAGUCUGGAAGGUGAGAUCAAACAGAAGCCCUCCAUCUACAAGAGGGCUGCAUUCCUGUUGCCUGAGCUAACCAUCCAUUGAUGAGCUGAGUCCCUCCAAAAUUUCUCUGGGCUUUCUCUGGUUUUCCUGUUUUCCCGUGUAAACAGCUCUGAGGAAGAUCUCUUUUUCUGCAAUCAAACAUUUUCAUUCUGCAGUAAAAUAGCUCUUACAUCAACUACCAUUGUAUUGUGGAUGCAAACGCAGCACAACAGAGCCCUUACAUGUUGUGAGGUGAGUGGGUCAAAUCCUGGGCUUGAACAACAAAAGUACAAGGAAUGAUGAGCAGGAAAAACAACUUGUUUUAAAGUGAUUUAAGGCUGCUGUCUAUCUUCUGAGCCCCACAGCUUACAGCCCAUACUUCUCACGCUUCAUCCCUGUUAGACAGUCAAACAAGAGAUGAUGCUAUUUGGAGAGCAAGUCUGUGCUGGAGACAUGCAAACACCGACGCUUGUAUCCACAAGGACUGGCCUCCAUCUGCGAGGAGCUCCCAGCUGCUGUGCUUAAAAUACCUGGGAAAGGGGCAUGCAGAAGGGGAGAGAGAUCUCUUUCUGGUGGGUUGCCAUGUCGCUCAGGCUGCUUUCACGGUGAUACCUAGAGGACAUCGUCCGGCACAACCAGUUGUGAUAAUCCUUUCAGUGGAAACAGGUGCUGGAGGAUAAUCCUGCUGUUUUUCUUGGUUAUGGUUCUCUUCAGUCACUAAGACUGAGCAAACAGGAUUAUCACAGCAGCGAUUCAGGAGGUGAAGUUACUGGUGCUGUGUGUCCGUGGCUCUGUGGACAUUUGUUCCCCAGGCAGAUGCCGGCUUUGCCGAGCAGCCUGCCCCGGUGAGGGCAGCGGGUGAGCCGUCGGCACCGAAGGGAUUCGCUGGCCGGCUCCCGUGGUCCUCGCUCAGAUCUGUGCCGUGCCCCUCGGGGACGAGAGCCGCAUCCCAGAUGCAAAGCCCGUGCUCUCUACAGCCCUUCUGGAAAAAUGCCUCCCCCAGCCCACGCGUUGUGAGUGGGAUGGAGACGCCCCGGUCUUGCGGCAGCUAGCGGCAUCGCCCCAAAACCUGGCCUGGGCCAAGGCACUGGCGGGGAAGGCUUGAGGCACUGCAGACCCCCCCGGGUUUUACUGUGACCUAGCCCUUCCCUGUGACACUUCAGAGCGAGUCUGCCCCUGUGUAAGCGCUGGCUCAUGCCUCCAGCAGACUUUAAUGUAUCGUCAGGUUUUGUUUUAAAUCCCCGGAGUGCUGCACGCAUCCGUCUCCUCUCAGUCCUCCUCCACUGCUCUCGGAGACCAGCGUGGGCCCUGGUGACCCUCCUUGCUAUGCAAAGUCAGUGCCUCUCUGAUCCUGUUCUACCACCUUUUGCUUCUGCUGAUAACAGCCCUUGACACCCCUCCCGGCCCCGGGCAAUUCCCUUCACCACCAGGGAAGGAGGAUGACACGUAAACUUCAUGGCACCAGCCCUUACGCAGUGUCUAUGCACAGACGUCUGCUCCCCUUUACUGGUUUGCUUCAGGACUUAGCUGACACCCAAUUUCAGUAACAGCAAAGCAAUUGAGCUUGGCUUCAUGGUUUUGUGGCAAUCUUGGCCCAAAGCCGUUUUAAAUAACAAAUUGCAAAAUAAGCAUACGUGUACAGAGACAAAUACCAAACUGUAGGAAUAGGAACUAGAGAUGUGCAGCUCAGGAAGGGUUGUUAAAGCUCCAGCUUGUAGCAGUGCUGAUAAGGCAGUUUCCAAGAAGUCGCCCAGCCCUUAAAUUCUAGAAACUCUCUCUUCCCAGGUCAAUAACCUUUUAGGGACUGAAUCCUGGUGUCAUCCUACAGCCAAACACGGUCCAGGCAGGACCUUCUGCAAGUGAUAUGAGGGAACGGAGAACCUGUGUUGCUAAGAAGGGGUCCAGAAACUUUCUGGCGUAGAAAACAAAAACGCACAGUGAAAAGCACAUUUGGUAAUCCUGGUAGUUUGGGAAAGCACAAGAAACUGUGCUUUUGACUUCAUUCUUCUUUGGCCAAGUCUCCUCCUUGCUUGAGAGGGGAUCGAGGUGCCCUUAGCCGAGCUGCUGCUCUGCCCUUCCCGCGCUGCGCCGGCAGCAAGCUGCGGUGCUGCAAGGCUUGGACUCCCUCCAAAGUCUCCCCUCUUCCCUGGGAGCGAUCCAUCAGCCCCGGGAACAGGGGUCUGCACCCAGGCUGCUCCAACACCAGCUCACCUGCAGCUCCACUCCCUGCUUUUGACCAGCCUUAACUUCAGACCUGAACAGAGGCUCUUUGGAGAGAUUUUCCAUAUCAUCCUGCAGCUCCGUUAGCAAAAACGUUCAAUGCGGCUCUAGCGAGAGCACCAAGAUGGGGCUGAUUAGACUCACGCAGUUGUUUGGCUCCCUCAUUUCAUGGGGAUUUUUAAAAAUAUCUUAUGCAGGUGCAGGAGUUGACAUAACAGAGCAUGCACCGUGUUAGAGUCCGUCCAGCUUGUGUGUAAACACCGCUAGUUCCUUUUUAAAACUCUUAGGAGCUGUUUCAUAAACACAAAAUAUUUUGCUUAAUUUCCA